AUGAUGCAGGAAGGAAAGGAAGAGGAUAAGGAAUCGUCACCAGACAAUGUAUAUGAUGAAGAAGAGAAUAACAAUGAUAAUUUUCAGCAAACGAGAGAUCGAGACGGGCAACACAUAAGGAGACGUCACAAUAACAGCAAUCGGGACGUUAUAGCUGAACACAAUGGAGACGAUUGGGGUCCAGAGGUGACCAAAACUGUACCUGCUGAAGCUGCUGUUAUGGAUGAUGACGAAGGAAAGAUGGUUUACCGAGGAUCACAUCGCGGAAUGAUAGAAGACCAUAUGACUGAGAAUGUCUUUAGUCUCAUCUACACUGCUCCUGUGUGCUCAUCAGCGUUCUGGUUGGGAAUUCUUGUGAGCUUAUUCCAAAUUGCAAUGCCGUUUCUGGCAAUAUUGGACUUGAUUGUCUUUAGUAAUGACAAGAACCCACUUCAGGUUCCAAAUAGCGUAUCCUUACAGGUUCGAAUCAUAGGUGUGAUGGCUCUGAUUUUGUCGGUGUCCCAGUUCUGGGACUUUAUGGAGGCACUAAACCGCUUGGAACGAGGUCCGGCGGAGUUCAUGUCCACUCCCCCUGGUGCAACUUGUUGGAAAUUCUACCUUGCCUAUACCCUUCAAUUCAUCAUGGGCACACUGUUUCAUAUUACAAUUUUUACCUUGGUUGUUCAGUCGACCACGGUUGUUGGCAUGUUUCUCAACUUUGCAGCUUUGGAAUUUAUUACUACGGUAGACGAUGUGACGUUUGCACUUGGCAAGCGUGGAUACUUUACAAAUUCGAUCAAGACAGCAUGUGACGAAGUGAGUGAUGUUAUAAUUCUUCGACCCCAAGGAGGUCUAGUACCUAGGCGAAUACAGCUUUUCGUCAUCACAGCAAUCGAGUUAGCAAUGUUCACGUACAUUGUCUUACAAGAAUUGGACGGUCGGUUCUUUUGCAAUCAAAUCGAGACACAGUUUGGCGAUGGCUUUAACACAAUACUUCCAUUGUUCUCGGGUGUGUACUAUUAUGAAAGACAACAUCGAGAGGGCCGACCAGUAUAUUGGGAUACCCGAAAGAGGGCCGCUUUCCGAUAUUGUGAAAAUGGUGAUGACGGAAUCUUUAGCUUUGCAGAGAGCGGAUACUGGGUCUUCAAUGUGCUUUCAAACGACAUCAAAUCCAUUGAUGACAUGUGCACCAACUACCUAUCUCGGUCACCCGAUACCAAAGGAUAUGACAUAUUGGAACAGCCACCAACAUCGUGGCUUACGAAACACCGUGUCACGGAUACUAUUGAAUACGUUGUCGACUACAUGAGUCUGAAAUGCGUGGACUGCUCUCCAGCCAAUUGCAAUGGAGAAUGUAUCGAUGGUGGUGAAUGUGCUUGUUCCGGGGAUCAGUUCGGCUUACAUUGCCAGUUUACUGACCCACCAUGCGAGGAAACCGACUUCGAUCAGAGAACGAGUCCAUUUUCUGGAGCAGGUAUCAAGUACAGUUCGACCUACAAUCUAAUGCGGAACAGCAAAAAUGAAGUGGCACUUGCUUACCAUCGACCAAUAUACAGCUAUGUCAAUGCAGAGGACGAGAUUGAUAUUCUUAUGCAUUUUGGUAGGCGAUAUUUCCUCUUCUAUCUGAAUUCUUCCUUGAUUGAAGGCGUGAACGAUACAUCGGAAGAUAUCGCAAUUCUUGCAGACUAUCUCGGGAACGAAAUACAUCCCUAUUAUGAUUGGAUUGAGCCACAGUUUGUGACGCGUACACCCGAAGCCAGUUUGAUACCAUUUCAUCUUCCAGUAUUUGUGAGCGACCCUAUUGACGUUGGUACUGCAACUGACAACGCGUCUCCAAUGGGUUUGUCUUGGUCACGGAUAAACCGUGUGGAACUGGAUACCGAAAACUACUUUGACAUGUUUCUUAUUGGAGGACAUAUUGAUACAGUCUUGCUCUGCGCAACCUGCUCGAAAGUAUCGCCGUGCUUGAAUCAAGGCGUAUGCGAUGGCGAUCAACGAUGUCAGUGCACUCUUGGUCAUGUUGGAAGACAAUGCGAAGCUGACUGCUGGGAGGAUCCUGGAAAUGGUCUAUGCCCGAGAUGCUUUUUGGAAUAUGGAUGGGACAAUAAAUGUCAAGACUGCUUCUGGGACUCGAAGGCACUGGAUUGUCCGGACUGUCGAAAUGACCCGUUUGCAUCAGACUGCAUAGAUUGCUUUGGAAACAUUACUUCACCAGGUUGCAAGGGAGAAGGGAGAAAUGGGACAGCAGUUGUUGGUCUGCAGCGACGAUACGGAUAG